UUUGAAAGCAAACGUGCUCCACGUUAAAGGCUCUCCAACUCUCCUGCUUCGUGACAAAUGAACCAAGAAACGUACGUGAACACAUGAAGAAGAGAGAGCUGCUUCUGCAAGAUGGUGAACAAGAGCAACGGGAACUCUGUUGCCGGGUCGGAGGCGUCCCACAGGUGCGGCGUGUCCUGCCUGGGCCCCCUGACCUUUCACCCCCGCGCCGUGGGCGACAAGGUCACCCUGAGCCACGGGUGUCGCCUCGCCGAGAGGACGCCCGGCACCUUCAAGAACGGCCUGGUGUUCAGCAGCCGCCCGGUGAGGGUCCAGGAGAGGCUCCGUCUCCGGGUGGAGCGAGACACCUUCCUCUGGCACGGCGCCCUGCGCGUGGGCUUCACCACCGUCCCCCCCACCGCCAGAUCUCUGCCGCUGCCCGUCAUGGCCAUCCCCAACCUCACCGACGUCCCCGGACACUGGGCCGGUCCUGUGGACGAAUCCCACUGCCAGGCGGGUUCGGAGCUGCAGUUCUGGGUCUCUAACGGAGGCUCCGUGUACGUCUGCAGCAGCAACACCAAGGCACACAAGCUGCUGACGGGGGUGGACCUGAGCCGGCCGCUCUGGGCCAUGAUCGACGUCUACGGCCAGACGCGCUCCAUCUCGCUCCUGGGCUCAGAGAAAAGGGAGUUGCUUUACACCCGACGGUCCUGUCCUGCACCUGAACGCCUCACCUCGCCCGACGUUGACAACCGCUGCAGUUUGUCUCGGGUGUCGAGCCUCUGUGGAAACAGCGAUGAAUGCAUCCCCUUUCUGGACGUCCCAACAGAUGGAGACGGUGCACCCGACUGCGUGGUGUGCAUGGAGAACCGGGCCAGCAUCACGCUGCCUUGCGGCCACCGUUGCUUGUGUAGCACGUGCUUCUCCGGGGUCUUGGACCAGUUUGGCACGUGCCCGCUGUGCCGACACCAGAUCAGAGCUCCGUCGGUGGAGAGGAGGUGACGUCGCUGGGCUGCUCUGAGCUCAGAGACGGACAGGAAUCACCAAAAAAACAAGCUACCAAUGACUGGAACACAGGAAACACUUUGAGGAGCAACUUCACGUGGCCUGGUAGCAAUUGAGGCCGAGCCAGGAACCUUCGUCACAUGUCAUUCAACUCUCUCGUCCAUAGAUAUAUACAUCUGUAUAUAUGUAUGUAUGUUCAUAAAUACAGUGUAUGUGUAGAUACCGCUGUCACUACCCAAUGUGAGUCGAGUGCAGAUGUGAGUUGCGCAUGCGUCACUUUGCGACGAGUAGCCUACAAAAACCAGCUAACUGCUAACGAGAGACUUCUGUAAAAAUGGACCUACUUAACCAAGUUGGUUCACUGCUAGCUUAGCUACAAGCUAGCAUCAAACACAACAAAGGCUGUCACUUGAAUAGCAUUUUGAGCUAAUGUUAGCAUCAAACAACCAUAGAUAGCUACAAUGUUUCUGAAAUGACUGCUAGCUUAGCUACAAGCUAGCAUCAAACACAUCAAAGGCUGUCAGUUUAAUCGUGUUUUGAGCUAACGUGAAUAACCAAACAACCAUAGAUAGCUACAAUGUUUCUGAUAUGACUCUUUAGGGUCCAUGCCUAACCCCGACCAAUCGGCUGCUCCGUAGGGCGGGUCUUGUGUCUUCCACAAUUAAAAUCAUAAUUUCUC